UCGCAGUUGCCAAUACCUACGCCUGUAAAGGGCUGGACCGGAUCGAGGAGAGACUGCCGAUCUUGACUCAGCCGGCAGCCCAGGUUGUCGCCAGCGCCAAGGGUGCCGUGACCGGGGCGCGAGAUGCUGUGACAAAGGCUGUGGCCGGGGCCAAGGACUCGGUGGCCGGCACGAUCACAGGGGUGGUGGACAGGACCAAGGGCGCAGUGAGCGUCGGCGUGGAGAAGACCAAGUCCGCGGUGAGCGGCGGCGUUACCACGGUUCUGGGGAGUCGCAUGGUGCAGCUCGUGAGCAGCGGAGUGGAAGACGCACUUAGCAGAUCGGAGCUGCUGGUGGACCUGUACUUUCCCCUCACGGAGGAAGAGCUAGAAAAAGAAGCAAAAAAAGUAGAAGGAUUUGAAGAGGUUGAGAAGCCAAGUUAUUACGUUAGACUGGGGUCCCUGUCCUGCAAGCUCCGUGCCCGGGCCUACCAGCAGGCGCUCAGCAGGGUUGAAGACGCCAAGCAGAAAAGCCAGGAGACCAUUUCUCAGCUCCGUUCUACUGUCCAGCUGAUUGAAUAUGCCAGGAAGAACGUGCAUAAUGCCCACCAGAAAGUUCAGGACGCGCAGGAGAAGCUGCACCUGUCCUGGGUGGAGUGGAAGCGGAGCCUUGGCCGUGAUGACACUGACGAGUCCCACUGUGCUGAGCACUUGGAGUCCCGGACGCUUGUCACUGCCCGCAGCCUGACUCAGCAGCUGCAGACCGCGUGCCACGCCCUGCUGUGCAGUGUGCAGGGCUUGCCGCAGGACAUCCAGGACCAGGCCCGCCACCUGGGGGUGAUGGCUGGUGACAUCUGCUCCGCAUUCCGCGGGGCCACCUCCUUCGCGGAAGUGUCUGAGACCCUCUUGAUCUCUAGCAGAGGGCAGCUGCAGAGGAUGAAGGAGUCUUUAGACGACGUGAUGGAUUAUCUUGUUAACAACACGCCCCUCAACUGGCUGGUAGGUCCCUUUUACCCCCAGAUGACUGAGUCUCAGAACGCUCAGAAGCGGGGUGCAGAGCUAGACGGGACCAGCCAGCAGUCCGAGCACAGAGCCUGGUAACCCAGUGCUCGGUGCAGCUAGCCAGGCACACCCUUGUUACGUGGAAAUUGACCUGAUCGCUGACGCCCGGUUGGGAAAGCAGGCAGCUAGGAAAGAGGCCUUGGGCUCUUGGAAUACGAGUUCACCGUUUCGGGCAUUAGCAGAUAGAUUGUUUAUCACACGGUAGGAAAAGCACGUUAGCCUUGUCAGAGCCUGGCCGCAGCUCGGCUCAGAUGCAUGAGUGGUCUCGUGUUGUGGUCAUCGUGCUGCUGCUGUGUCUGUUUAAAUAAAAGUCCCUUCGCGUGGGCCCUGGAAACCGGUGAUUGCUCUGGAGUAGUCUGAGCGGUCCCUCGUGGCUUACCUAAUGAUUCGUGCCUGUACAACUUGAUUUUUUUAGUUUUUUAGUCCUUAUAAAGGAACACUGCCUUUGAAAUCAAUAAAAUGGCAAGUAGA